AUGGCUCCUCACAAACCUUCCAGCAGCAAACAUUCCAAGAAGAAUCAGGAUUCAGCCCUUUAUCCUGCGCAUGAUUUGAAGGGACCCAUGACUAUUGGAAACCAACAAUAUGUUCCUGAACCUCCAAAUGAGAGAGAAAAAGAAUGUAUCUACAAAUCCCAGGUACUAAUUCCUGUUCUUGUUUCUGGAAACUGUCACGCUAUGUUAGGUCCACUUCCGAAUUCAGAGAUUAAACCAAAUCAUUUAAAAGAAUUUUUUCCAACUUAUUUCCAUACUAAACCCAUAGGUGCUGGAGUGAAACCCCAACCUAAAGAGAAAAUGGUAGAACAAAAAGACCCACCGAGUUCGACUGAUGACGGAGAGUUGAACUUAACUUAUUUGAAUUACACCAGGAUAUUUAGAACUUGUCCAUGGUCGAAAGACCCUUCAGACUACUUAUCUUGGCUAGAUAAAGUUGAAAAGAUUAAAGGGAAUUUCUGGAAAGAAGUAGGUAUUUUCGACCUUAUUCAGUUGUCGAGAGCAGGACCCAACAUUUGUCCUAAUAUGCUUUUGGCUUCCCUCUACUUCUGGGACAGUACCUACAACACCUUUCACCUUCCUUGUGGGAUGGUUACGCCCACUCUCUUCGGCGCAGCAGCCAUCGUUGGCCUUCACCCCAAUGGGAUAGAUUUCGACCCCACUAUCCUAAACGGAGAUACCAUCGCUUUCGACACUAGCUUCGCCCCAUACUCUUUAUAUACGUUUUAUUAUCAUGACAAGAGUACCACGGAAGUCUCGGAUGUCGAGCACAUAGCCUUUUUGACUCUGUGGCUAUCCAAAUAUGUAUUUUGCUCUCGUUCCCUCCAAGUAUCCAAGAGAUUCAUCACCAUGGCCAAUCAGCUUCACGCAGGCACCAAACUAUGUUUGAGUGAAAUGGUUUUGGCGAAUCUUUACGAAUCUUUGAGUGAGAGCGCACAUCUUUUGAAAACCAUCAAAACCCAAGCCGUAAGGAUUCCUACAAAGAAAACUUUUGUCGAAGCGUCACCAAGUGCUGCUAAGAAAUAUUCGACAAAGAGUGAAGAAGAGAAAGAAGAGGAUAAAGUUCCUGAUGAAGAAUCUGGUGAUGAAUCUCCAGAGCUAAUCCCCCCUCCUCCUCAGAAGAAGAAAAUCCAGAAGGUCUCUUCCCAAAGAUCCAUUGUUAAAUCAGCUAGAAAGGAUUCUGCAAGUACUCCCACUGCUAACCUUCGGUCGAAGAAUGUGGAGAGUGGGAAAUCUAGUUUUAACACUGAGAUUCCUGAGAAACAAUUGGCUAUCGAAAGAACACCUGAGAAAACUCUGGAGGAAACAGUCCAAGAAGAGGAUAUCCCCACAAGUGAUCAUGACAGGUAG